AUGAUCCCUCGGUGGCUGCUGCUCGUAGUGAGCCUGCUGCUGGCAUUGACCUGUCAGCCAGUAGCGGCGGAAGCGAACAAACCCAAGGUCAUCUCUCAUAAACUGGACAGUGCGCCCGCCGACCUGUUCUACUUCCACGGCACGAACACGAUCCUAUACCGCGAUAUUAAGACGAGAACCCCACAUGUCUCCUUCGAUGGCGGCGAGAAAUGGGACACAAUCAAGGGUGAAGGUGAUGCCAUGGCAGGCAAAGCCGAGCUGAUCUGGAAGCACCCGUACGAUAAGAACCGCGCUUACAUCCUCGGCCAAGGUGGAAAGCACUGGAUCACGACCGACCAGGCUAAGACUUGGAGCUCCUUUAAGGUAGAUGUCGCGCCCAUCGCGUCGAUGCGGUCUUUUCCGCUCGAGUUCAAUGGCUGGGACCCCAAGAAGGUCAUCUUCAUGGGCCUGGGCGAUUGCUCUCUGCUUGGUUGUAUGCCUGUGGCCUACUACACCGUCGAUGACUUUAAAACUGUCAAGCCAUUGCGGGAACCUGCGUUCCAAUGCAUGUGGGCUGCAAGCCGCCCGCAGUUCGCGUUGGAUUUGGAGAUGCCGGAUUCGAUGGGCGAUCGCGUCCUGUGCGUGGUGCCGGCAUUGACAGGACACUUUGAUCAUAAGAUCAGGGAAGUCCUGAUUCAUUCCGACAACUUCUUCCAUGACAGCCCGGAGGGCACCACCUCGAAAUUGAGCGAUGGUCAGCCAUUGAGCGGCGCCAGUGUGCAGAUCCGCUCCGUCACAAAGUACUUGGUUGCGCGUCUUCAGUCUGCCGGCACUGCAGAGCAGGCUCUGUAUAUUAGUGAUGAUACAAAUGUGUGGCACCGGGCUGAGUUUGGAAAACACCGCAUCGAGGAGGAUGCCUACACCUUGUUGGAAAGCACCAACUACAGCAUUCAGAUUGACGUGCAAACCACGUGGCACGACAACCGCAUGGGUAGCCUGUGGUCUUCCAACUCCAACGGUACCUACUUCACGCAGAACAUCGAACACACAAACCAGGAUCUGAACGGCUUGGUGGACUUUGAGCGAGUCACAGACAUUCAGGGUAUCACGAUUGUCAACACUGUCAAGAACUGGGAGGAAGCCUCGAAAUCCGAUUCCAAGGAGAAGAAGCUUGUCAGUAGUAUCAGCUUUGACGAUGCGAGAACUUUCCAGUCUCUCAAGGCCGACGGCGACGACCUGCAUAUCCACUCAAUGACUACCUAUGUCGCGCUGCGCGAGAUGCCCAUGCCCGAUCAUCGGAUGUUCUCUAGUCCGGCCCCUGGCUUGGUCAUGGGUGUCGGUAACACUGGAGGCCACCUCAAGGAAUACUCCGAGGGCGAUCUCUAUGUAUCGGACACCGCGGGUCUCACUUGGCGCCACGCACUCAAGGGUCCGCAUCGGUUUGAAUUCGGUGACCAGGGAGGCGUGAUUGUGGCAGUUGCUGACGGGACCAAGACCAAGGAGGUCAAAUUCUCGAUUGAUCAUGGUAAAGAAUGGGAGUCCUUCAAACUGGAGCAUGAGAUCAGGCCUCUGUAUCUGAUCACGACACCUGAUUCGACCAGCUUGAAGUUCGUUUUGGUUGGUAUCUCGGCCGAUGACAAUAUCCUCAUGUAUUCUAUUGAUUUCGAUGACCUCCACGAGCGCCAGUGUGGAUCAGGAGACCUUGAAGAGUGGACUGCCCGUCUGGAUGAAAAGGGAGAAGCAGAUUGCUUGAUGGGCCACAAGCAGUUCUACUACCGCCGCAAGGCCAACGCGGAUUGCUUCAUCAAGAAGGAGUUCACCAUUUCUGCCCCCGAAUUCAAGCCUUGCAAGUGUACUGCGGAGGACUUUGAAUGUGAUUACAACUUUGUCCGUAGCGAAGACCGCAAAGAAUGUGUCCCGGCUGUCUCCCUGACGCCCCCAGCUGGCAAGUGCAAGGAAUCCGAUGAGAAGUAUAUGGGUCCUUCAGGAUGGCGCCUCAUUCCCGGCAACGCAUGUAUCCGCGAGGGUGGUGAAGAUUUCGAUCGCGAAAUUGAGCGCUCAUGCUCGAAUGUUACCGCUCCGAUUGUCGCCGAUGGCAAGCCUCGUGCUGGAAAGCCGCAUUCAAUCUCCGCCAAGGAGACCGUUUACUUCUACCUUGAGCGCCAAGCCAGCAACAGCGGAGACGAUGAGACUCUUAUGAUGCUAACGGAUAAGUUUGAGCUUUUCAAAUCACACGACCAUGGCCGGACCUGGGAGAAAGCUAUCAAGGACCACGACGUUAAAAUUAUGGAGAUGGUUCAGCAUCCUUACUUCAGUGAUGCCGCAUUUUUCCUCACCGAUAAAAAGAAGAUUUACUAUACCAUCAACCAUGGAACAUCUUUCCACUCUUUCGACGCACCUUCGACACCAACCAAGGAGCCCCUCAUCCCUCUCAGAUUCAAUGAGAAGUACCAAGACACCCUUAUCUGGAUUGGAAAUGAGAGCUGCGAUGGCAAGAACUGUCGCUCAGAGGCAUUCAUCACCGAUAAACGGGGUGCCAGUUGGGACCCAAUGCUUAUUGGCGUCGGUAAAUGCGACUUUGCAUACCAAGAAGGCCGGGAGAACAGCACCAAGCUCAUUCUCUGUGAACAAUACGAGAAAGAAGAAACGGCCAACAACCGCCAACUGGUGAUCAGUGACGACAAUUUCUCUACAAAAGAAACCCUCUUCAACAACAUCGCUCAUUACGGAACCAAGGACAAGUUUAUUGUCACGGCUUGGUACAGCGGAAACCAGAACAUGUAUCUGAAUGCCAGUGUCAGCGUGGAUGGCCGCACAUUCGCCGAAGCCCAUUUCCCCUUCAACGUUGAUGUUCCCUCAUACACCAUCCUCCCCAGCUCCCCGCACGCACUGUUCCUGAUCGUGGAGGUCUUCAAGGCUGAAGGACGCAGCUUCGGGUCCUUGGUCAAGAGUAACAGCAACGGUACCUACUUUGUUUCGAGUCUUGAGGCUGUCAACGUUAAUGACAGAGGCAAUGCCGACUUUGAAAAGAUGGAGGGACUGGAGGGCGUGCUCCUUGCCAACGCUGUGGCCAACAAGGAUGAGGUGAAGGGCAAGGGAGCAGGCAAGAAGGUGCGAACUCUGAUCACCCACAACGACGGUGGUCAGUGGAUGCUGCUGGCUCCUCCUUCCAAGGGUGUUGAUGGCAAGAAGUUUGGCUGUUCCGUCACGGAGGGCAAGGGCACCGACAAGUGUGCGCUCCACCUCCACCUUUACACAGAGCGUCGCGAUGACCGUGAUACUUUGGAUUCCGGCUCUGCGAUCGGCCUGAUGCUCGCCCAAGGCAACGUGGGCGAAUAUCUCGGCAAGAAAGAUGAAAGUGACACUUUCCUCACCAGAGAUGGCGGUAUCACCUGGUCCCAAGUCAGCAAUGGACGGUACCAGUGGGAAUACGGUGCCGCCGGGUCUGUGAUCGUGCUCGUCAAAGACCUCCAGGCCACCAAGGUCGUGCAUUACUCCCUGGACGAGGGCGCCACCUGGACCGAGUUCCAGUUCUCGGACACCGAAAUGGUCAUCGACGACAUCUCCACCGUGCCCUCUGACACAUCGAAGAACUUCUUGCUCUGGGGUACCGACCCGAAAACCUCGGGCAAACGCGUGUCGAUUCCUCUCGACUUCAGCCCCAUCUGGAGCCGCGACUGCAAGGACGACGAGAACGACUUUGAAAUCUGGACCCCGAGUCACCCCCUCCAGGAAGAGAACUGUCUGUUCGGCCACGUCGAGCAGUACCACCGCAAGAAACCCACCGCCGAGUGCUGGAACCCCUGGCGCACGCCCCAUAUCUACAGCAUCGGCCGGAACUGCACCUGCACCCGCGCCGACUUCGAAUGCGACUACAACUACGAGAUCCAAAGCGACGGCAGCUGCGGUCUAGUCCCGGGCCUCCCCAAGCCAGACCACAGCGCCCAGUGCAAGUCCGAUUCCGAAAUGGUCGAGUACUGGGAGCCAACCGGCUACCGCCGCAUCCCCCAAACCACCUGUCAAGGCGGCCUCCUCCUCGACCAAGACGUCUCCCACCCCUGCCCGAACAAGGAAGAGGAAUACCACAAGAAACACGGCAUCAGCGGCGUCGGCCUCUUCUUCGCCAUCGUCUCCCCCAUCGCCGUGGCUGCCGCUAUCGGCUACUACGUGUACACGCACUGGGACGGCAAAUUCGGCCAGAUCCGUCUGGGAGAGGGCGGCAGCGUCGGCUCGAGCUUCCUGUCCAGGGAUUCCAUCCUGGUCGCUGUGCCCGUGGCGAUCAUCGCGGGCGUCGUGGCCGUCGCUCAGUCUCUGCCGUUGUUGGCGACGAGUCUGGCGCGCACUGUCUCGGGCUGGUUCCGGUCUAGUGGUCGCGGGUAUCAGCGACCGUAUGCGACGCGUGGCUCGUUUGCGGCGCGUCGUGGUGAUUAUGCUCAUGUUGUUGAUGAUGAGGAUGAAUUACUUGGUGCUGAUGAGUUUGAUGAAGAGGAGGAGGCUUGA